AGCUUUCAAUCAACACGUCAAACCAGUUAAACAUAUAAUGUGGAUCUUUGAAUGGUUUCAGGAUGUUUUAUCGUCCUUAGGUUUGUGGAACAAGCAUGCCAAAUUGUUGUUUUUAGGAUUGGAUAAUGCCGGGAAAACCACCUUAUUGCACAUGUUGAAGAAUGAUAGAUUGGCCACUUUGCAGCCUACCUUGCAUCCUACUUCCGAAGAAUUGGCCAUUGGUACCGUCAGAUUUACCACCUUUGAUUUGGGUGGUCAUCAACAAGCCAGAAGAUUGUGGAAGGAUUAUUUCCCUGAAGUUAACGGAAUUGUGUUUUUGGUUGAUGCAGCGGACCCUGAGAGAUUUGCUGAGUCUAGAUCUGAAUUGGAAUCUUUGUUCAAAAUUGAAGAGUUGAAAGAUGUUCCAUUUUUGGUUUUGGGUAACAAGAUCGACUCACAUAGUGCUUGCCCCGAAAUGGAGUUGAAGAGUGCUUUGGGAUUGUUCAGCACUACUGGUAAAGAAGGUGGAAAAUUACCUGAAGGCCAAAGACCAAUUGAAGUUUACAUGUGCUCAGUGGUGAUGAGACUGGGAUACGGAGAAGGAUUCAAGUGGUUGUCCCAGUAUAUUUAAGGCGUUCUCGUACACUGCAAGUCGAUACAUACCAUAUAAUCUGUAGUUGAAUAAUGUAAGCGUAAUUAAAGAAAGUCAUGUCGC